ACUAAUGCCAAAAGCAGCAAGAAUUCUUGAAUUCCUCUCUGCUGCAGAGGUGCAGGAUUCAUAGAUCUCAUAUUUUGUUUAGACAUUGGAAUGAGACAUUCUACUAAUCCAUCCCAUCAUCUUCUUCUGUCCCAAUAAAACAUUUAACUUGGUGUUGUGUGGGGGCAGGAAGCAUUUGAGUAGCAUCUAAAUAUUUCCCAUUUUCAAGUUUAGUUUGAAUAUGCAGACGCCUAAGUCAAGAACCAGUUCCUCAGGAGCAGCUCCGAGGAUUUCUCCUCGCUCUAUUUCAUCUGAGGUGUCGGGGAAGAACUCCCCUCGAUCAACCCCCUCCGAGGCAUCCAGAAAACAUUCUCCACGCCAGCUCAAGACUGGUCCCCGUUUUUUAGAGCCCACCGUCUCUUCUUCUAACCUAGCAACUCGAUCGCCAAAGGAGUCGGGCCUUAGAGUUUCUGAUCACAACUCGCCGGCAAGUCCACUCUCUGAGAAGAAGCGUCCAACCAAAGUUUCUGAGCUCGAGGUGCAGAUUUCUCAGCUAGAAUCUGAUCUGAAAAAUGUGAAGGAUCAGUUAUGCUCAUCAGAAAAAUCUAGGAAGCAAGCCCAAAGAGAUGCAGAGGAAUCCAACCAAGAGCUCUCAGUCCUCUCCUCGAAGCUUGAAGAAUCCGAGAAGAAAUUUCUAGAACUUUCAGCCACUCGGAAUGCUCUCACAGUAGAGAUCUCUGAGACGUGUGAACAGCAAGACAGCUCGCUGCAAGCUGAGCUGGAAGCUCUACAGAAGCAGCAGUUGCAAGAAUCGGCUGCUUUGGCCUCUGCAUUAGAUGAGAUCAAAAGGCUCAAAGCUCAGCUGGAGAUGGUAGCUGAGUCUGAAGCUCACCGCUUAGAAUCUGCACAAACUGAGACACUCGUGGUUGUGGAAGAAAUGAGGAAGCAACUAAAUGAGUCCAAGAAAUCUGAAGCUGAAGCGCAAAAACUUGUUGGUGAGACACUUAUGCAGCUGGAGGCAGCCAAGAAGAUGGUGGAGACGCUCAGGUCGGAUGGUUGUAAAACCAUAGGAGUCUACGAGGCUGCAGCCAGUGAGCUGGAACAGUCGAAGGCUCGUGUAGAGCUUCUAGAAGAGCUUGUUGGGAAACUCAAUGGUGAAGUUGAAGACGAGAAGGUAAAGAUAUCAUCAAUUGAAGCAGAAUUUGCUUCUGCGAAGCUUGAAGUGGAGCAGUUGAGAUCUGCUCUAGCUGUUGCAGAGAUGAGGCGGAACGAGGAUCAGGCUCGGAGCGCAGAGCAAGUAAAGCAUGCUUGUGAGAUUGUGGAACAGAUCAAGUCCACAUCAGGGCAGAGAGAGGCUCAGUUGGAGGCAGAGCUUCGAAAAUGCAGCUAUGAAAUCGAGGAGCUGAGGUCAAACCUCAUGGAUAAGGAGACUGAGCUGCAGAGCAUCUUUGAGGAGAAUGACGCCCUCAUAAUGCAGCUGGAGAACGCGUUAUCCGGCCACAGGGAGCACGAGCUGAGAGCAGAAAAUGAGACUAUUAAAGCACAAUACCAUAACAUAUCAGAGGAAAACAGAGCAUUGAGGAAAGAAAUGGAGGCUUACAAUAGCACGAGGAGCGAGGCUAUGUCGGAGCUAGAGGCAGCGAGAGUAGCAGAGAAGGAGGCGCUGGUGAAGGUGGGGUCCAUGACGGAGGAGGUGGACAGGAGCAACAGGAAGGCAGCUCGCGUUGCUGAGCAGCUGGAGGCAGCACAAGCAGCCAACGCGGAGAUGGAGGCAGAGCUGCGGAAGCUGAAGGUGCAGUCGGAUCAGUGGAGGAAGGCAGCGGAGGUGGCUGCGUCCAUGCUAGCGGUUGGGAACAACGGGCACGCAGUGGAGAGGACGGGGUCAAUGGACAACAACUACAGCCCUCGGAUGAGGAACAUCACCUCGUCAUACUCGGAUGAUCUUGAUGAUGAAAUGUUCAAGAAGAAGAAUGUGAAUGUGCUGAGGAAGUUUGGUGUGCUAUGGAAGAAGCCUCAGAAAUAAGAAGGAUAGAGUUGAUGAAUAUUAUUAUGAGGUGAUGGAUGACCUCUGUGUUUUCUUUAUUAGAACUCUUCUUUUUAGGGGUAUUUGGUUGAAGAUAUGAAUUAACAUGAAUUCAGUGAUGUUUAUUUCAGUGCAA